AUGCUCGUUAACCUUCUUCUUGCUCUCACCCCAGCAGCUUUAGCUUUGGCUUCGCCUACUCGGAGUCAUGGUCAAAGGCCUAGUUGCGAGUAUGGGGAUUCUAUGCCUAUUCUUCCCGUUAAUGGUGGCCCUUCUGAGCUCCCUGCCCCUCCUCAAGAUGUAACCCUAAAACAUAUCGCCCUUGGUUUCGGAAUUCAGAACUAUAGUUGCACUAACACUGGCGCUACUCCUGUCGCUGCCGGUGCUUUAGCUGUUUUGUAUGAUGCUACUUUUCUCUACCCAGGUCAACAUAGUUCGGAUGUAACACCUGAGGAAUGGACUUUUCUUCCUUCUAAUAUUCUCAACACCGAAAAAGUCCCCCUGAAUCGUAUUGAGAAUGGCGGUGCUUCACCAACCAACCCUUUCCCUAAGAAAGAAUCUCUCGAGGUGAAGAAUCUGAACAAGAACAUUCCCUACCUCGGCCACCACUUUUUCACCACUGCCGGGAUCCCUACAUUCGACCUGGAUCCGGUCAAUCAACUCCUGAUUGCCAAAAGGAUUAGCGGCAUUAAGGCCCCUGCAUCUACUCCCACUGGCCCUGGAGGAACUAGCGCUGUUGACUGGCUCUACCUAGGAGAUGCUGGUGGCAGCCACGGGGUUUCUCUUGCUUACCGUGUCCUGACGGCAGGUGGGUCUUCCUACGGCUGCAAGGGUAAAGGAAUCGAUAGCGUCCCUUACACAGCUUAUUACUGGUUCUACGGUUAA